UUUUUUAUUAAAAGAGGGUGAAUGUGCAAUUUUGAAAUUUAUAAUUUUUUUUGUGAACGCCCUGUAUAAUGCGAGUUUGAUAUCCCAAGUGCAUCGCAGGAGGUGCGAUAAUUUUCCAACGAAAAAUUAUAGAGGAAUUACCUGCGAAAAGUAUGUCAGACAAGUUAUUUUCCAUUUUACAUGGUACAUUAAAGGAAAUCCUUAUCUGAGAUUAACAAAUUAUUUAUUUAUGUGCAUACUGUACAUAAUAGUUUGCUGCUGGGUUGUACAAUUUCACAGAUAUAAAUAAAAAAAGACGCGCACAUAGUGUUCAGUGCUUUACUCGAAAACCACCUUGACAAGAGGGGGGGCGUCAUCCAAAUUCGACAGAAUUUUUGUUUUGUAAACCGCCGCUAAGCGGUCGAAGGUCGUUUCUAGUUAACUGUAAUUUUGAUCAUAAAAAUCGUACAUAAAUAAGAUAUCGUCCAGUAUUUUAGCAAUGAUAACAAAUUAAUUCGGUCAAAAUGGAUCUUGCUCUAAUCACCGUUGCUUUCGUUCUCUCGCUGGGAACAUCCUCCUUCGCUUACAAUUACACUUUUCCGGAAGGAUUCUUGUUUGGGACAGCCACAUCUGCCUAUCAAGUGGAAGGAGCCUGGAUUGAAGGUGGAAAAGGAGAAAAUAUAUGGGAUAGAUUAACACAUGAAAGACCUGAUUUAAUAUUGGAUCAAAGUAACGGUGAUGUGGCAUGUGAUUCCUACCAUAAGUAUAAAGAAGAUGUGGCGAUGUGUGUGGAAUUGGGUGUACAAUUUUACAGAUUUUCGAUUAGUUGGCCUAGAAUUUAUCCACACGGCUUUUCGUACAACUUAAACAAAGAAGGCCUUCUUUAUUACAGUAAACUAGUUGACGAAUUACUUGCCAACGGCAUAAUCCCUGUGGCAACAAUUUAUCAUUGGGAUAUUCCGCAGGCCCUUCAAGAUUUAGGUGGCUGGACUAAUCCGUUAGUUGUUAACCAUUUUGUUGAAUAUGCAAGGGUACUGUUCGAUAAUUUGGGCGAUCGUAUAAAAUACUGGAUAACAAUCAACGAACCCUCCCAAAUUUGUCAGGAAGGAUACGGAAACAUGGACAAGGCACCUGCUCUUAAUCUAUCAGGCAUUGCCGACUACUUAUGUGGACAUAAUUUAUUGAAAGCUCAUGCAGCGGUUUACCAUCUUUACAACGACACGUACAGAGAAAGUCAAAAUGGCACAGUUGGCUUUACCAUAAAUGGUGUUUGGUAUGAAGGUAAUUCAACUUACGAUGACGAUGCUGCAGAGAGGAUGAUGCAAAUGUAUUUUGGUUGGUGGGCCCAUCCAAUAUUUUCUAGUCAGGGCGACUAUCCCCCAGUGAUGAAAACUUUCGUAGCAAGGAAAAGUGCAGCCCAGGGUUAUAGAAGAUCACGGCUACCGGAAUUUACUCCGGAAGAAAUAGAAUAUAUUAAGGGCACAGCGGACUUUAUGGGACUUAACUUUUAUACUGCAAGAAAGGCAAAAGGCGCCGAAUAUGACGGUUUAGAGGUGUCUUAUAGUAAUGAUCAUCAGGUAGAAUCAUGGAUUGAUAGAGACUGGCCAAUGACUAUAGCUCCUUGGUUCGGGAUUAACCCACUGGGUUUCCGAAAGCAUUUGAACUGGAUUAAGGAAAGAUAUAACUCUCCUGAUAUUUACAUUACUGAAAAUGGUUAUCCAGAUGCGGGCGAAAUAGAUGACUUUGAUAGAAUCGAUUACUAUAGGGAACAUUUAAAAGCAAUGCUGGAUGCCAUUUACGAAGAUAAUGUAAAUGUUAGAGGUUAUACAGCCUGGAGUCUUAUGGACAACUUUGAAUGGAUGUUUGGAUAUGCGCAUCGAUUUGGAUUGUAUUACGUCGAUCUUACUGAUCCUCAGCGACCAAGAACCCCCAAAAGAUCUGCACUCUAUUAUAAAGAGAUCGUCCGUACCAGACAACUCACCUAUGAAAAAUUGAAAUAGCUUUCAUUAACGAAGUAUUUAUAUCCGCUAAGUAUUGAAGUUAUUUAUUGUUAUAAGAUAAACAUAGUAUAAUAAAUAAAAAUAAAGCACUUUUUUAAAAAUUACA